GCGAUGGCCUUUAACACACUCUUUAUCCGUCUAUUCUGGGUUGGCGCCGAGCCGCGGUAUUAACCCUAAUCCAGCCGCGGCUGGUGUGGAUGAGCUCCAGCUCUCCAUCUGUCUCUGAGGGCAUGCUGGGACUCUGACGGCAGACGGAGCGUGACAUGGGAUGUGGAGUCACCAAAUCACACCAGCAGCAGCAGCUGAAGCCAUGCGGUCAAGGGAGCGUCUCAGUUCCAGCCGCCACAGCGAUGCGGGCGGCGCUGCUCAUCCAGCGCUGGUACCGUCAGUAUGCGGCGCGGCUGGAAAUGCGACGCCGCUGCUCCUGGAACAUCUUUCAGUCUAUAGAGUAUUCUGGACAACAGGAUCAUAUCAAGCUGUAUAACUUCUUCGGUUACCUGAUGGAUCAUUUCACUUCUGCCAGCAGCCAAAGGAAUCUGGUCUCCCAGAUGUUUCGCGAGAGUGACGCGUUUCAGGACGUGGAGUGGGAGAAACAGUUCUGUUACAAGGACAUUGAGGUUCCAGACGUCUACGCCGGCCCACAUCUCUCCUUCCCGCUGACCAUCUCCAACGUCACUGAGCUGGUGGACGCCUUCAAAAACAAACAAAAGCUUCACGCCCGGUACGUCCUGCAGCUGCUGGGCAAGACGUGGACGCUUCUGCGCUUGAUGCCCAACAUCAGUCACGUGUGCACCUGCAAGCACAAAGAGAUCACCAUCUGUGGUGACUUACACGGCCAUCUGGAGGAUCUGCUGUUGGUCUUUUACAAAAAUGGUUUUCCUUCAGCGGAGACGCCGUACGUCUUCAACGGUGACUUUGUGGACAGAGGGAAAGAGUCCAUGGAGAUUCUGUUGGUUCUGUUUGCGUUCCUGUUGCUGUAUCCACACGACGUGCACCUGAACCGAGGAAACCACGAGGACCACAUCGUUAAUCUGAGAUACGGCUUCACUAAGGAAGUUCUAGGGAAAUAUCAGGUUCAUGGGAAAAUGAUUCUUAAACUUCUGCAGAAGAUCUUCAGCUGUUUGCCACUGGCGACAGUGAUCGACCAGAAGGUUCUGAUUCUACACGGAGGAAUUUCUGACAAGACGGACUUGAAUCUGAUCGGCAAACUGGACCGUCAGCGAUUCGUUUCGGCCCUCCGGCCCCUGAAGAGGAGAGAAGCAUCAGCGAGACCGAAGGAAGCGGCUCUCGACCCAGACGGAGACGACGACGACUUCAGCACGGGCCGGAGGAGAGUUCAGUCUCUGACUCACGGCACACCAGUGCGGCCCAGACAGGAGCUCCCGCGGCAUUCGGUGCACUCGGGGUCCGGCCGGACGGGUCGGUCCGUUGACGAGGAGCUGCGAGAGAGACGUCGACUGGCGGGUCUCAGUCUGUCAUCCGACUCGGAGCUUUAUUCUGCUGAGGUUCAGGAGACGGACGCGGAUGAAUGGAAACAGAUAGUGGAUGUUCUGUGGAGUGACCCGAUGUCUCAGAACGGUUGUGUCCCGAAUGAGAUUCGAGGAGGCGGGUGUUACUGGGGGCCGGACGUCACACAGGAAGUGCUGGACAGACACAAACUGAAGCUGCUCAUCAGAUCACAUGAGUGCAAACAGGAAGGAUAUGAAUUCUGCCACAACGGCAGGGUUGUGACAAUAUUUUCAGCCUCUAAUUACUAUGAUGUGGGCAGUAACAGAGGCGCUUAUAUUCGUUUGGGCCCUGACCUCAUUCCUCACUUCAAACUGUUUCAGGCCAGCAGAUCGACACGAGAGCUCACACUCAGACAGAGUGUGGGACGAACAGAACGUUCUGCAUUACAGGCUCUGAGGAUGCAGCUGUUUGCACACAAAUCUGCCCUGAUUCGAGAAUUUCAGGAAUAUGACCCCCAGUGCACAGGUCUGAUCUCUCUGAAGCACUGGGCCAUGGCUGUGGAGAAGGUUCUGCGGCUCAGUCUCCCGUGGAGGGUCCUGAGGGCUCAGCUGGUGACCAGCAGCACACGGGACGGGAUGCUCAACUACCACGACUGGUUCAACCAGCUGUCCGUCAUCCAGCCAAACACAGAGAUUGCUAACGCGAGUCUACUGGAGACGCUGUACAAACAUCACUCAAACCUGGAGAGCAUCUUCAGAAUGAUCGACACGGACCAUUCAGGUCUGAUCUCGUUUGAGGAGUUUCAUCAGACGUGGAAGCUGCUGAGCUCGCACCUGCAGACGGACAUCAGCGAUAAAGCCAUCGCGGACCUGGCCGAGAGCAUCGACUUCAACAAGGACGGCAGCAUCGACAUCAACGAGUUCAUGGAGGCCUUUCGCCUCGUGGAACAAUGUAGAGGAGAGAGGGAAGAGCCGGCGUCACCAGAAUGAGCGCAGACGUCUGGCCAAACGCUUGAAACCUCAAGAGCAGCUACUGUACGGAUGCAAACGUGUCUGAAUAUUUCCCUGCCGUUUACUUUACUAAAGGCCAUGGAGUUUCUCAGUGCUUUAACUUUCAUACGUUUAAUAUAAAUCAGCCAAACACAGAAAUUCAUACAGUGAAACUUUAUUAAUCAAUCAAAGACACAGUAAAACACUCCAGCUGCCUGAAGGCACACAUUCACACGCACAAGUAAAAAUAAAUGCGCUGCUCCAACUCAAAUCUG